CGUCUGCGCUGUUGUUCUAGAAAUACUCGACUUAUUUCUCAUCAACAGUGACUUUUUUUUCCCUCACGUCUAAGAACUGCACUUGAUUGAUUGCUCGAAUGGUGUAUAUGUCGCAAAAUCAAUUUUCAUCUUCUCCCCUGAGAUAUUUACAACCACAGAAGAUGUAAGCAGCGUGGGAUCAUGGGAGUUGGUGUCUUGAAAGUCUGUCUACGUGACUCAUGAAUGCUCACAGACGAGACCACAACAAACCGUCAUUUGGGAGCUGAAAUGGGCCUAAAGUGGUAGUGAGUAUUUUUCCAAGUUGUGGGUACUCUCCCUCCACUGUGCUUAUAUCUUCAAGGUCUCCCCUGUCCUGACAUCCCUCUAGAGCCACAGACGGCACCUCUUCUCACAAGCCGAAGACUUACCUCCCAAAUAAACAAAACUGGCUGCGCACUGUUGGUGAAGCGGUCCUUUCAGACCUGAAUGAGGCUGACACGACGACUGAUAGGCAGUCCACAGGCUGAUGGUGUUGCCUGAUAGAAACCACACGCACACAUCAACGCACCGCUGUGCACGGGUUUGCAGGAGAUGCAGAUGGUGAACAUGAAAGAAAAGGAGAGGGGAGAGGAAGUCAGCCUAGAGAAGUCUGAACCACAGACACUGCCAAGAAGUGAUGAAGGUGCGCAGACUUACACAAGACUCGGAAAUGAAAGGAGAGGUUAUAUGUGACAGAGGGAGACUGUAGUAAAACACGAAGUCUUUGCUGUAGCUGUGUCGUCGCAGGGUCUUCACCUCAAACUGCGGGAACCCCCUAAUUUGACAUGAUUGGUUGCUUUGGACCUGCAACGUUUGCAGAAGUGAGACCACCCACCCGAGCUCCCCUCCACUGCUCUCGCUGUAAAGGGGAAAGAGGUAGAGGAACGCUUCCCACUUGGAUUGGCUGCGACUGGGAGAUGACGGUUCGUUGUCCGAGUGCUCCCAUCAUGAGGCCGAACCACUGCUGGACUGUUCUGCGUGUGUCCAUCCUGGCAGCGCUGCUUCUCACCUUAAACGUUGACAGUGAAGAUUGUGAGUUUGAAAUCAGAGUACGUCGCAACACAGUGUAUGAGACUUCCAUUGGGGAAGAACUGAGGAUUAACUGCACAGUUAUUUUCUGCAACAACUCACCGCCAACAGUCUCCUGGUUUAAACUUGGGGAAUCUGUUGUCCCUGUCAAUGUCAGCAGUAGCAACCACAUCAAAACAGAGUGGAAAAAAAUAGACGAUUCACAAGGGAUAUCGUUUUUGGUCUUUAAAAAGAUACGUAUGAGCGACUCAGGUGAGUAUCAGUGCCAGGGUGGAGGCAGCAUGGGCCACAACAUCAACGUCUCUGUCUCUGGUAAUCGGGAGCACACCAAUAUUACACACAAGAAUGACUCAAACAGCCACAUCUCUGAUCCAGAAGAAGAGGAUCUUUGGAUGUACGUGUACACUGCUGCUGGGAUCGUGUCAUUUGUCAUCAUAGUCAUAAUUAUAUCUGUCAUAUCCAUGCACGGAUGUAAAGGGAAACCAAAGAAGGAGACUCAAACAGAUAAUCAGUACAUGGCGAUCCCCAUGGUCGAGCAACCCCCUCCACACGCCAGCGUCCAGGCUUUGUCAAGAGGAAGCCCCUCUGAGCCUCCACCUCGGAGAUCUACCAGGAGGAAGACUCCGCCCUCACAGCCCAGCGAGUUGCCUUUACCCAGAGACAAUGAUCCCCUUUACGGCAGGGCGAAAAAUGACAGAGAGAGAGCGAGGACUACGGUGGAGGAGGAGGAGGGGAGUUCUCUUGUGUACGCUGCUCUCAACCAUCAGCUCCCAGCGAGGGCUGCUGCUCGGCCCCACAGGGAGAUGGAGGAGAGGUCAGAGUACGCGGCGAUCCGUGUUAAAGACUACUAGACACUAGAAGACCACUGACGAACAUUUUCAAAUCCAAGAGAACUCAAGAGGCAACACAAAUCUCAGAUACAUUUCUGUAAACACAGCUCUUUUAUCUAAACCCAAUGAUUGUACAGCACAGACAUCCCAACCGACCUACCUGAGACUGUCCACAAUUUGGUCAAUACUUAAGAAACUCUGGUUUCCAAAGUGUUUCCACUCUGGCUUAUUAGACCUCUGCUAAACUGCAAGUUUUGCAGAGCUGUGGUUGGAAUUAUGUGUAGUUAUCAUGUAUCGUUGUGCUCAAAAUGAGCUAAAACUCACUUUAUCUGACUAUGGCACACACCAACUCCAUUCCGGUGCUCUUCAUGUCCUCCCUACGUAGCUUUAGCUGCCUUCUUUGGUGCUCUGGUAGACUUCGGUAAACCAGUCACAACCCUAAAGAAAGGUCUAACCAAGCACAGUAAGAGAAAACAGCUCAACAGGUUUACCACAGAUGUUUAGAGCUUUUAACAUUCAGAAGUAACAUCCCUGCUACAGCAGUAGUUCACACGACUAGCUUCAAUAUGUUUUGUUACCUUGCUAACACUUACAUCAUGUAUUUUCCACCUUCAGCUACGUUUUACAAGAAUUAAAUCUACAUUUGUGACCUGUUUUUUUAAAGUCUUCACCAAAAACCAAAUGUGCUUUUUGCAGUCUGUCUACAACUAGUAGGGAUUUGUUGGCGAUCUUGGUUUGAAUGUUUUGUGUCACACACUCCUCCCCUGUUAAAUCUGUCACUUUGUGCUGUUGCACAUCUAUAACUUGAAUUUAUUGUUUUGAGUGACAUAACACCUAAUAACAUUAAUGGUUUUGUUUGCUUUCACCUGUGCAGAAUGGUACUAUCUCAACUGUUGACUCAUUUUCUGACUCUGUGAAUGACUACUGAGCAUCUGCAAUUUUGUUUCACAACCUGUUUAAUUUCUGUAACUAAGAUAAUUAAUUAAUAAUUAAUAAUUAAUAGAGAAUGUAAUAAUAAUCUCAUCGUUUUGUGCAAUCAGAUGACAUGUGUAUCCGUAACUGUUUGAUUUGAAUUAAUAAUAUGUGAUGCAAUCA